AUGGCUCUUGCGCGGCAGGCUCGACUGUUCUCAUUCAUGGCUCGGUUACUCUUGGCGCCCAGACGGGGCCUGGUGGUCCGCGGUCCCGACGAGCCCCUGCCGGUGGUGCGCAUUCCCCGGGCUCUACAGCGGCGGCAUGAACAGCGGCAGAGAGGGCGAAAUCCUCUGCAGCCGGUGCUGGCGCGACCCGGUCCGCUGCUGAUCUCCGCGCGGCGACCGGAGUUGAGCCAACCGGCGCGCCUCACGCUGGGUCGUUGGGAGCUCGCGCCGCUGGCCUCUCGCGGCUGGAAGAGUCGGCGCGCACGCGGGGACCACUUCUCCAUCGAGCGCGCGCAACAUGAGGCGCCGGCGCUGCGGAACCUCUCAUCCGAGAGCAGCUUCGCGCACUUAGGCCUGGAGCCGCGGGUGCUGCGCGCCCUGCAGGAAUCUGCGCCCGAAAUCAUUCGCCCCACGACCGUGCAGGUGAGCACCAUCCCACCGCUUGUUCGCGGCCGCCACAUCCUUUGCGCUGCGGAAACUGGCAGUGGCAAGACUCUCAGCUAUCUCCUACCGCUGUUUCAACGGCUCUUGGCCCGGCCCAGCCUGAACUCCCAUCGUAUGCCCGCUCCCCGGGGCCUAGUCCUCGUGCCUUCGCGAGAAUUGGCCGAACAAGUAAGAGACGUGGGCCAGCCGCUGGGUAGUUCGUUGGGCUUGCAGGUGCGGGAGUUAGGGGGAGGCCAUGGCAUGAGUAAGAUCAGGCUGCAGCUGUCGAAACAACCUCCAGGAGAUGUACUAGUGGCCACUCCAGGGGCUCUGUGGAAGGCCUUGAAAAGUCAACUGAUCAGCCUGCAGCAGCUUUCCUUCUUGGUAUUGGAUGAGGCAGACACACUGCUGGAUGAAAGCUUCCUGGAACUGGUGGACUACAUUUUGGCGAAGAGCCACAUAGCAGAGAGCCCAGCCGACUUAGAAGAUCCCUUCAAUCCCAAAGCUCAGCUGGCGCUGGUGGGGGCUACAUUUCCUGAAGGUGUGGGCCAGCUGCUGAGUAAAGUCACCAGCACAGACUCUCUCACCACCAUUACCAGCUCCAAGCUCCACUGCAUCAUGCCUCAUGUCAAACAGACAUUUAUGAGGCUUAAAGGAGCAGAGAAAGUAACUGAGUUGGUGCAGAUCCUCAAGCAGCAUAGUAGAGCAAAUAGGACUGGCCCCUCAGGAACAAUCUUGGUCUUCUGUAACAGCUCCACCACUGUGAACUGGCUGGGAUAUAUUCUGGAUGACCACAAAAUCAAACACUUACGGCUACAGGGGCAAAUGCCAGCCUCGAUGAGGGCAGGCAUCUUCCGGUGCUUCCAGAAGGGCUCCCAAGACAUACUUCUCUGCACAGACAUAGCCUCUCGGGGCCUGGACAGCACACAUGUGGAGCUGGUUGUUAAUUAUGAUUUCCCCCUCACCCUGCAAGACUACAUCCACAGAGCAGGGAGGGUGGGCCGUGUGGGGAGUGAGGUGGCAGGCACUGUCAUCAGCUUUGUAACCCACCCAUGGGAUGUGAGCCUGGUUCAGAAAAUUGAGCUGGCAGCUCGCCGGCGGAGAAGCCUUCCAGGACUAGAGUCUUCGAUGAGAAAACCUUUGCCCCAGCAAGCCUGA